AUGGGAUCUUUAAGUGCUAAAGAACUAGAAUUCAUUUUCGGCCUUCUGGGUAAUAUAAUAUCUUUCCUUGUAUUUUUGUCACCAUUGCCAACCUUUUAUACGAUUUGGAAGCAGAAAUCAUCGAAAGGUUUCCAAUCAAUACCAUAUUCGGUUGCGUUUUUUAGCGCUUCGUUGUUGUUGUACUACGCAUUCCUCAAGACGAACGCUUACAUGAUUGUUAGCAUCAACGGUAUUGGAUGUGUCAUUGAAGCGAUUUACCUCUUAAUCUACCUAAUGUAUGCACCCAAAAAGUCCAAGAUUUUCACGAUGAGAUUGAUCGUCUUUUUUAACAUCGGAGGCUUAGGGCUGAUGACGGCAGUUUCUCAACUUGGGUUUAAAGGUCCGAAGAGGGUAUCUUUUGUAGGAUGGGUGUGUGCUAUUGUCAACAUAGCUGUUUUUGCUGCUCCUCUAAGCAUCAUGAGACAGGUCAUAAGAACAAAAAGCGUAGAGUUCAUGCCGUUCACGCUAUCCUUCUUCCUCACCCUUUGUGCAAUAACAUGGUUCUUCUACGGAUUCUUCGUUAGGGAUUACUAUAUUGCAAUGCCAAAUGUUCUGGGGUUUUUAUUCGGAAUUGCUCAAAUGAUCUUGUACAUGAUCUACAAAAAUGCGAAGAAGGUUGGUGAAACGAAUCUUGAUCGUGAGCUCAAGCAAAACAGGGACGUCGAAAAUAAUACGAGCAAUAUUAUUGAGGAAGCAAUUUGAACCUUAAAAUUCGUCGGAAUGAUGUUUUCGAGCAAUUACGCCACAAGA